AUGACUUGUAUCAAUGUCUCAAUCUUUCUCAAUGACACUCUGUUCACGGAGACCUGUACUGUUCGGAUUCAAGCUUUGUGUAUUGAUGGUCGUAACAUUUGUUUGUCUUCUCAAGGAACGACUUCAACAAAACAGACUGCAACCACAACCAGUACCACUGCGAGUUCCACACCUGAAACAACAAAAAUAACAGAGACUACCACCACAGGGAGUACUACUGCCAGAUCCACAGCUGAAACAUCAACAAUAACAGAGACUACCACCACAGGAAGUACAACUGCCAGUUCCACAGCUGAAACAACUACAACAACAGAGAUUACCACACCGCAAAGUACCACUGCCAGUUCCACACCUGAAACUACUACAACAACUGAAACAACCACCACAUCAAGUACUACUGGCAGUUCCACACCUGAAACAACUACAACCACAGAGACUACGACACCACCAAGUACUCCCGCCAGUUCCACAACUGAAACCACAACAACAAUAGAGACUACCACCACACCAAGUACUACUGCCAGUUCCACAACUGAAGAAACAACUACAACAGUGAAAACAACCACAGAGGUUCCUUGCAAUGGAAAAUGGUCUGUGUGGAUUAACAACAACAAACCAUCUGUUGAGCAAACGCAUGAUAAAGAACCAUUAGAUCCAAUUCGAGAUACCGUGUGUCAAUCUUAUGGGAACAAGAUUACAAAUAUUCAAUGUGAAGCUCUCAAGUUUCCUGGGUAUCCAAUUAGUAAAACCAAUGAUACAGUAACAUGUGAUUUAGACAGCGGAUUGAUAUGCCACAGACCAGCUAGUGGCGCCCUUACAUGUUUGGACUAUAGAAUUAGAGUUUGCUGUGAACCAUUUGAAACAACAACACUUCCAACCACAACAACGUCUGUCUCCAGAACUACUACACCUGAAAAAUGUUACUGUAAUUCAGACCCACCAAGGAAGUGCAAUGAAACGUGGCAACAGAACUGUGAGACCAUUACUUGUGUUAUAGCACAAACAUAUGAAAUUACGAAGGUUCCUUGUUCAGUCCCUGUGAAACCUACAUGUUAUAGUGGCUUAGAACCCAAAAGUCUCCCAACUAAAGGUGGCUGCUGUUCAACAUGGGACUGUGACUGUAACUGUCAACUAUGGGGGAACAGACAUUAUCGUACCUUUGAUGGGCUGUACUAUAACUUCUUUCGAAAUUGUACAUAUGUUCUUGUACAAGAAAAAGUUCCAAGAUACAAUUUCUCUGUGAUACUUGAUAAUUAUGAUUGUGCUCCACAAAGUUUAGUGUCCUGCCCCAAAACACUCAUCAUUAACUACAAUGGAUAUGUCAUCUAUUUUUCAACUCAGAAACCUUCGGUAUCUGUCAAUGGAAUAGAAGUGAACUUUCCAUAUCAUGGAAAAGAAUUUAACUUCACAAAAAAUUACAACAAAGUUACCAUUUAUAUUCCUGCUAUUCGAACCACAAUCAUUGGUAUCAAUAACAGCUUCAGGAUUAGUGUGCCGGAACAGUACUUCUUAGAUAAUACCCAAGGACAAUGUGGUUCUUGUUCUAGAAAUAUAAAGGAUGAAUGUACAAGAAGGAAUGGAAAUUUAGAGCCGCUUGACUGCUGUGACAAAACUGCACUUGACUGGAAAGUUAAUAAUCCCAAUAAAGCAUAUUGUGCAGCAGCUCCUACAAAAGUGCCUUGUGAAGCACCUCCGACUCCCCUUCCGUGUGUAUAUGGGAAAACAGUGUGUGAUAUUAUAUCAGGAGAUUCAUUCAGACAUUGCAGAAAUAGGCAAGAUCUUACAAAGUAUAUCAAGGCAUGUCAGAACGACCACUGUGCAGUUAAUUCGACAGAGUUGGAAUGUUCUGGUGUGGAAGCUGCGGCCGCGAUUUGUAAUGCAGCUGGGACUUGUGUUGACUGGAGAGCCUCGACAAAUGGAUUAUGCUCCUACAACUGUCCAUUUGGUUUCACCUAUAAAGCCUGCGCCAGAUACAAUGACAAUUAUUGUAAGGAUGGUGUGAUGAUAUCUGGGGAGAGAUUUGAUGAGCGUGUUGAAGGUUGCUUUUGUCCAAAUGGAAUGAUGCUGUCUGAGGAUAGAACCCAAUGUAUUCCUUCAUGCACUAGAUGCAAAGAUAAUGCAGGAAACCUAAGAUACGAAGGUGAAAGUUGGUCUCAUCCCAAUGAUACAUGUAUCCACUACCAAUGUUCAGGAGGUGUGGUGACAAAGACACAAAUAACAUGUUCAUCUCGUCCAACCUGUGAUGAGGCUAACAAAACAUGGGAUAGCUAUCACUGCUGCUACGACUGUCAUCAGGAAUUAAAACUCUGCAAAGUAAAUAAGAAACAACUCAAUGUCACGAAGAAUGGCUGUUCAGCAAACAUUGAGGUGCAAGUAUGUGAUGGAUACUGUGAAUCAUUUGCCAUGUUCAAUCCCGAAAUGAAUGGCAUGGAACGAAAAUGUUCCUGCUGCAAUGAAAAUGAAACUGAGACAAAAGCAGUGAUGCUGCAAUGCCCCAAUGGAACGACUCAACAAUAUUCAUAUAUUUCUGUAAAGUCAUGCCAGUGUAAAAUCUGUGCAGGAAGCCAAGUAUCUUAAUGUCACACUCACAUAGCUAACUAGCUGAACAUAUUUCAGUUGAUGCUUAAAUUGGAAAUUGACUUCUAAAGUCAAAGACUCUUUUUCUUUAUGAAUUCUGUUUGAUUGGUAUCAUCUAAUGGUGAUAAAAUAAUAUUGUAAAGUUUCAUUUACUCCUAACUACUUCUUUUAAACUGUGGGAAUGCAGUCUAUUCAUAACACGUCAUUGAUCUGUUUCAAACCUUUCGCUUGUUUAAUGGCAAAUUAAAAUCAAUAAAGCUUACUCCAUAUGAACUUA